AAACUUUACAAGAUUAUGAAAAACUAAUCAACAAGAUUAUAAAAAACUCUCUAACAAUAGUUUAAUUUCUUUCAUUUGUUUACUUUCUAUGAUUUUAUUAAACUCAUCAAGAUUCUUUGUAAAUUAGGAACCAAUAAAACCCCCUAAAUAUUUUAGAUGAACGGAACCUGAGUACAAAUGACAAAUCCAUAAAUAUUAUUACCUUUCAAAUCCCUAAUAUUCAUUUAAACAAUAGUUUCUAUAUCUCUCUCAUAAAACAAAACAUCUCACCUGACCAAAAAAAAUGAAAUCAUAACCUCUGUUUUGACCGAUAAUCAUAUUUUCUAUGGAAGUAACUUUAUUGGUCAUACCAAUUUUUGCAAUAAAUUGAUGUGUUUGAAAAUCAUAAUUACAUUAGCCUAUUUGUGGACAAAAUCUUAAUGUUCUUUUGACCAAAUGUUUCUUUUAAAAGUUUUGAAAAAUUUUCUUUUAAGUUGAAGUCCAUGAUGCAUUAUAAUGAUGUCCCAAUAACAUACAAGCAAGCACUUAAGAGAGAUAUAAGUUCAGCAAAAAAAAUCUAGGAAGGGAGAAAAAUAUGGAGAGGAUGACAUCAAUUGUCUUCAUUGUUAACUUACUUAUCAUUUUUACGUCAGUUGUGAAUCAGACUAGAGCAGAUACGUGUACAGAUGGAUUAGGUCUUUGCAACGGCUGCGAUGAGAGAUGCAAGGCCAAGCACGGACCAUCGAGCGAAAGCAACUGUGAUCGCAGUAUUGGGGUAGGGCUAUGCGUGUGCUACUACCAAUGUGGAUCCCCAUCACCACCCGUGCAGAAGAAAUGCAACGGUGGGGCUGGUAUAUGUAGUCAAAGAUGUCAAGGAACAUGUUGUGAUAUGAACUGUGCACAAAAGUAUAAUGGUGGACAUGGAUUUUGUAACACUCUUGGUACAUUUAGUUUGUGCCAAUGCGAAUAUCCUUGUUAAAGUCGGUUGACAAAAGGUCCUUAGUGUUGUACGUUGACAUCAUCAUAUCAGUAAACGUUUUGAAAUUAACCUUUUGAAUGAGCUAAAAAUGAUUUUUUCCAUA